UGUCGCCCAUGCAUAGCUGUGGAUGGUGUGAUGAUUAGGCUCCUCCCCUGUUCUUUCCUGUGUAAGCCCCUCCCUCCCUUCCAACUCAGCCGAGGGGGAUAUAUAGAGGACCCAGGUGCAGCCUCGUGUCUGUGUACGCGUUAGUAUUAGUCCGGCAUGCGAGAGAAGAGGGUGAAGAAAGAGACGAACGCGGGGCAGGGUCCACCACUAACACCAGCCACAUUGGACGAGUUUGAAACUUGUCUUAUUCAUCGACAGAGAUAAAAGUUGAGAGGCUGAUUUAUUGUUUCAUUGAGGAAAAAGGAAAUUUCCAAGUCAAGUUUAGCUUCAAUGAGCUACGAGUCCCGUUCAGUCAACGAGUCAGUGCCACAUCCCUUUGUUGUCCAAAUCAGCUGUGAAAAUGGUGGAAAAGUACGGCGACGAUAGUUCAGAUAAUGGCGAGGGCGAGAACGACAUGGUCGUGUUGGCCGCUGACCGUCAGGCGGCCAUCCAGCGUCAAAAGGAGGAAGCCAAGAAACGUCGAAGGAAGAAGAAACGGACUGGAUCCAGUCUCUUCGCCUCUACUUUUAAUGAGCUCUACAGACUUACGGGCGAGUUUUUGGGGCAAGGCGCUUACGCUUCGGUUCAAACCUGCGUCAACAUAUGGACCGAUGUCGAAUAUGCUGUCAAGAUAAUCGAAAAAGUGCCGGGCCAUAGCCGCGAUCGCGUCUUUAAAGAAGUGGAGACUUUCCACCACUGCCAGGGACAUCCCAACAUAAUCCAGCUGAUUGAAUUUUUCGAAGAGGAGGACCGUUUCUAUUUGGUUUUCGAGAAGAUCCUGGGCGGCCCGUUGCUGUCGCACAUUCAACGGCGUGUCCACUUUACCGAGCACGAAGCCAGUCUGGUGCUGCGUGACUUGGCCGCCGGCCUGCAGUUCCUCCACAAGAAGGGGAUCGCCCACCGAGACCUCAAGCCGGAAAACAUCCUUUGCGUCUAUCCCGACCGUCUGACGCCGGUCAAGAUCUGUGAUUUCGAUCUCGGUUCGGGCAUCAAGUUCAACUCGAACCUCAACUCGCCCAUCUCUACGCCGGAAUUGCUCACACCAGUGGGCAGCGCCGAGUUUAUGGCUCCAGAAGUCGUCGAUGCUUUUGUCGGCCAGAUGAUCAACGGAUAUGACAAGCGAUGCGACCUCUGGUCGCUCGGCAUUGUCAUGUACAUUUUGCUCUGCGGCUACCCGCCAUUCUACGGCCAUUGCGGAGCCGAUUGCGGAUGGGAGCGCGGAGAGGCUUGCCAAUCGUGCCAGGGCCUUUUGUUCACCAGCAUCCAGGAGGGACGUUACGAAUUUCCCGAUCGUGAAUGGGCUCACAUCUCGCAAGAGGCCAAGGAUCUCAUCCGCGGUCUGUUGGUCAAGGAGGCACCACGUCGUCUCUCUGCUCAAUCCGUGCUGGAACAUCCCUGGGUCAAGAACGGCGGACCUCGCACUCCCCUCAUCACCCCUCAAGUCAUUCGCAGGAAUAAUAGUGCUCGAGAGCUGUCGGUGUUUGCCGAAAGUGCCAUGGCCGUCAAGCGAGUGGUGAUGCAACAUUUCAGCAUGAAUUUAGCUUUGGAAGCCCGUCUGAGGAGCCUGGAUGAAGAUUCCGGAUUGGGUCACGAACCCGAAGUCAUCGAGAUGGAUGUCGACAGUCAAUCGGUGGAGGACGACACCAUUCAAUUUGGUCAUUUGUCGUUGGAUGCCGAUGAGGAGAACAGUGUCGUCGUUCCUGUCAAAUCGUCGAUGAGCAGCGCUUCGAUGGAUGCACGCGGCGGUGGUGAAUCGCGCAAGAAGGUGACGUUCGGUCUGGCUCCGCCAACCGGAUCGCGACUGGCUCAGAGACGUUUAAAGUCGUGUCUUAGUCUCGACGCUUUGACUCCCAACGGCAAUUGAGACAGACUCUUUUUGACUUGUCGACGAGCGUCUAUUUACAACAACAACCAUGAUUAUUUGCGGAAUGACUUUCUCUCUACUAACCCAAUGUUUCAGUUAUGAUUUUUUUUUCUCGUCUUAAUUGCUGCUUCCAUCACCUCUACAAAACCAACAAAAAAAAAAUAACUACUUUUGUAAAUAUUUUGUAAAUAUGAAAAAAAAAACUUUGAGUGAG